AUGGCUCAAAUCGGCAAUACAAGUCAAAUAUUAGUAGAUACUACAAAUGCUUUUACAACUGAUCAAAAAUUUGCUACACCGGAUGCUGUUCUCACAUGGGCUCGAGAUGUUGGAGAUGCCAACAAAGUCAGUAUUAUCAUUACACGGUCAGAUAAAAAGAAUGGAAUAAGAGGUAGAAAUGACAAGUUGGUUUUAGGUUGUGAUAAAGGUGGAAAGUAUGACUCUUCAGAAAGUUUCACGACAACUGCAUCGAAAAAAUGUAACUGUCCAUUUAAAAUUAGAACUGCACCUUCAACAGAUGGUUCAGUAUGGAAAGUUCAGGUUAUUCAUGGAGUUCACAACCACGGACUACCUGACCAAUAUCAUGGUCAUCCUCGCAAGGCACGUUUAACCGCUGAUGAAAACAAACGUGUUCAAGAUUUACAAAGCGUAAAGUAG